AUGGUUUCGAGAUAUGGCGUCUCUAAGGAGGGCGCAGUGGGUGUAGCCGUAGGUGUAGGACCUAUGCACUGUCUCUUGCCACAUUGUGGAGGGCCCCAUCACCAUCAUCAUCUUUCGGCCCCCCACCCACAAAAUCCACAGCCAGGUCAUAAUCACCACGUGCAUCCGGCCCAUCAGCCACCACCCUCGCCGAGUCCCCACUUGAAUCAUCAGCUGAGCCAUCAUCAGUUGACAGUUAACAUUAACCAUCUGAGUCAUCAGCAGCAACAGCAGCAACAAACCCAGCAUCAACAAGCACCGCCACAAUAUCGCGUCGUUACUGCAAAUGCUAGAUCAGAUUUUCAUGUGUCUGGUCAAAAUUACGGCACCCAACCAGGGGGCCAGGUGGGUGGGGGAGGGGGUAGUGUAGGAGUACCUGGGGGCAGAGGACCUCCACCACUCGGUGGCUUACAGUCCAUUGGACAAUCAGCAGCAGGUAUUCCACCAGGAGGUCCUGCUGGAGGGCAAGCACCACCACAAACCCCUGCACCGGGGGUACAAUCACAACCGCCGCAAGGUCCGGCUCCAACUACGACACCUCCUGUACAUACUCCAUCACCGCAGGAAAUGGGAAAACAGGCCCAUAUGCAACCGCAACCACAGCCUCUAUCUCAAGUAUAUGGGCCAACGCAAACAAGGCCAUCAUCCCAAGGUUAUUACCAGGGUCCUAGGCCACAACAGCCAAGAGGCAUCAAUCAUAGAGGGGGUCAAGGGGGUACUAGUGCACAAGUAGUUGGAAUGUCUGGAGUUGGUGGAAGUGGAGGUCAACCAACUGCAAUUUAUCAUACAAGUGGUUUGCCAGUUCAAACUGGAGCAAUAUACCAAGUACCACAUCAGAUCCCCCAUCAGCAAUCCUUAUACACAAUGAACAAUCAAAUGCCCCUUCAGGUAGUAUUUGGCGCUCCACCCCAAAGACAUCCAACGCAUCAAAAUCAAUCUUAUUUCCAACCAUUUCAACAUAAUGCAAUUUUAACACAAAGCAUGUUUGGAUAUGGUGCACCUGCACCAACUCCUCAACCUUAUUACUGGCCUACAGGCCAACCAAAUACACCACUAAGUUUAAGUAGAGCAGGUGCAAGCGCUGUCACUGGUGGGGCUCAACAUGUUGCAGGCCCGCUGGCCGGUGCCCAAGGAGCCCCAGUAGUACCACAAGGUACACUGCAGCAACCUACGCAACAAGCUCAGCCUUUACCCCCCAUGGGUAUAUCUCUUUCUCAGACUGAUAUGUACUCAGGUCAUAAUGGUGGUGCAACAAGUGCGUCAAAUAGUACGACAAAAUCUCGGAAACCAAGAGGACAAAAUGCUAUUACUGAUAUCGUAGAUCCGACGACUGGUAAAAAUAUAAGUCAUGAGAUUUACAAAGAUAAUGAAACUAUUCAAAGUGGUGAAUCCAGCAAUCGUGAUACACCUCAGCCACAAAAUAAUGACGUCGAAGUGCAAGCCGACUUUGCAGCCCGGGUUGCAAAAACACUUGUGAAAGUCGCGACCGAAGAGUCCAAUUCCGACUCAACGGUACCGACUUGUGUACCAAACACAUCUACAUCUCAAAAUGUAACACAAAGUUUAUCUAAUUCUCAAACAAAUUCUACUAAUGAUGUGAAUAAUCAGUGUAGUACCAGUUCACCUACAACACAAAAUGUACCUAACGUAACCGCGUUAUGUAGUCAAUCGUUAGGUACCACUAGUAACGUGUCUCAAAUAGACUCUUGUGCAAUGAAAACAGAGUCGAAACCAUUACAAAUUCCUGUGAAGGAAUUUCAACCUCGAAGCGAUUCGAAAAGUGGAGUCAUCGAGGAACUACCAUUAGCUAUAUCGCGUAACGUAAACAAGGAUGAUAUUUCUGCGCAGUUACCCGCAAUGAUUGUAACUGAAGUUGAAGUGAAGAGUACGAGUGCGACAUCUAUCGUAACACAGACAUCGGUUCCCAUUGUGACUAUACCAAGUACGAACGUUCCGGAGGCCCCUAAACCGUCCACCACUGCCCCAAAUGCUAACCCUGUUCCUGCCAGAGAACCGUUCCCAAAUUUAUCCAAUAAAAAUUCAUCGAGUUCACCGCCUAGAAGAAAAUCUCAGACUCACACCCACAAUCAAUCUACUGCUACUGCUACUAUUUCUGCUGCUGCAACUGAGUUGCCUUCGAGUGCCAAAGAACAAAAAGAUAAAAAGACAAGGGAAAAGAGUCUUAGUUCUAGAGGUACUACUCCUACACCUGCUCAUAAUCAAACAGAUCAUCACUUGAAAAGCAAUGGAGAUGCGUCUGGUGAUAAACCGGAAUCCGAUCCUGUUCGAACUGAAAUUCAACAACAAAAAUCAUCUGAUGGUAAAGCUAUGCAGAAGCAGAAGAGUAAAAACAGGCUCAAACCCCGUGAACUUAAUCGGAAAGGAGCGGAGAAAGAAGGUACAGAUAUGGAUGCUUUCGUAAACACGGUACCUCCGGCAAAACCUGAAAUAAAACAAGACAACAAAGAUCCUUUAACACCGAAGGACAGUAAUAAGGAAGGAAAUCGUGAAAUUAUAAAAGAUAAUAAGGAUAAAGAUAAUUACGAACCAAAAAAAGAGAAGGAAACUAGUUCCGAUCAUAUAAAGGAAAGGGCGGAGAAACAAACACCCGUGUCACCAGAUAGCCUAAAACAAAGUUUUCUCAUAGAAACACCUGCUAUAGAAAAACUGCCAAGCAACAAAGAAACUAUAAAGGAAUCUUCCCCUAAGAUCGAGGAUAAUAAAACAUCAAACGCAUGUAAUAUGCAAUCAAAAUCAGUUCCUAAUGAUGUUGUUGAUCAUGUGAAAGUGAAAGAAGAGUCCGAUGUACAAGCAAUAGUAGCACAAAAGAAUGAAGAAAAUUCGAAGGUGUCAUUUAUUCGAACGGUUAACGAAGAUAAGCCGCAAACAUCUCCGGUUAUUGAAAAAACAACCGAAAGCGAAGCUCCGGUUCAAACUGAAAUCACAUCGGUUACAAAUCAAAUACAAUUGAAAUAUAAAUAUAAGGAGGACCAGUGGAGCCCUAUAAAUAAAAGCGGUAAAAAGAUUUAUGAUCGUGAGUUUUUAAUAAAACUACAGGAUGAUCCCAAUAGCAAAAUCAAACCGUCUAAUUUACCAGAUUUAGACGUUGUUUUGAAAGAUAGUUCAAAGGCAAGGAAUAAUGUUGAACUUAGGUUAUUUAAAGAUACAAAUAUCAAUAGACAUGAUGUUUUAUUCCCUGGAUUCAUAAAACCGUUAAACGCAAAUAACCGAGCGCUACCACCAAAUCGGAAGAGCAAUCCAGGGAAAUCAUCUAAACCAACAAAGCCAAAUGUAAUUCAUGUAUCUUUAUCCUUGAGGGAAGACGUAAAAUUAAGGGAAACUGAAAAUGCAUGGAGGCCAACAAGAUUGAAAAGUUUGAAUCUUAGCGAAGAAGAAGCUAAAUCGGAAGCUCUUUACAAGAGAGUUAGAAGUGUACUAAAUAAACUCACACCACAGAAAUUCAAUACCUUAGUCGAUCAGGUUCGUACAUUAACCAUCGACACUCCGGAACGACUGCAGGGCGUGAUCAAUUUAGUCUUCGAGAAGGCUGUGGAUGAACCAAGCUUUUCUGUAGCAUAUGCAUUAAUGUGCAAAGAACUUGCUGUAAUGGAAGUCUCAGGUUCAGAUAAAAAUUCGGACAAACAAGAAUGCUCGUAUACCUUCAAAAAGCUCAUUAUUAAUCGGUGCCAAAAGGAAUUCGAAAGAAAUCCAGUAAACGAGGUGGCAAGAGCUGCUAAGCUUAAAGAAAUAGAAGAAUGUACUGAUCCUGAGAAGAAAAAAGAUUUACAAUUGCAAUUUGAAGAUGAAGAACGAAAAACACGUAUAAAAUCAGUAGGAAAUAUACGAUUCAUUGGUGAAUUGUAUAAACAAGGCAUGUUGACAACUAAAAUCAUGCAUCGUUGCACAAAGGAGUUGUUAAUUCAGAGUGAUGAAGAUAGUCUUGAAUGUUUAUGCAAGUUGUUAACAACAGUCGGAAAAGAUUUAGAGUCAAAAGUGUCUGCAGAAGAAAUGCAAGAUUAUUUCAAUAAAAUGCAAGAUAUCGUUGCACGACGGGGGCAUGGAAAAAUUAGCUCUAGAAUUCGUUUUAUGCUGCAAGAUGUAAUAGAUUUAAGAGCAAAUAGCUGGAUUCCAAGGAGAGAUGAUAGUAAUCCUAAAACAAUAGAUCAAAUUCAAAAGGAAGCUGAUUCUGAAAGAUUAGAUAGCCAAUUGAAUAAUACUCCUUUGAGUACACCUCGAAAAGAUGAACGUACUAGUGAUAGAAAAAGGAAUCGUGGUGUUGGUCCCACUGAUGAUGGUGGUUGGAGUCAACCUGUUGUCAGAACAAGGCAACCAUAUUCUGUUGAGACAGCUAAGCUUAAAAAUAAACCUCCUCCAAUGGAUGAUUUACAAUUAGGAAGCAGAAACAUGUAUAUGUGGAAAACGCCUUCGAGUUGUGGCUCAAAGGCAAUAAAUUCAAAUAAAUUUGCUUGCUUAGAAAAUGUAUCGAACUUAGAUCAAGAUAAACGAAAAACGUCUCCACAACUCUCUGGAUCAAGGUCUACUGGACCAAGAGAGUAUGGUCGUGACUACAAACCUUCCUAUGAUGGUAGGAGUUCACGCAAUGGUAGUCAUCAAUUAAGCAGUUCGUCGUCGAGUAGAGAUAGUUCUUUAUUAGACAAUUCACAGAGUCAAAGCGUUUCUAUGCCACCGCCAUCGUUAAAAUCGUCCACACAAUCUACCUCUAGCAGUCAUAAACCUCAGAUGUCAGAAGAAGAAUUUAUGAAAACGUUAAACAAAAUAAUGAAAGACUAUCUCAAAAAUCCUAUCAUUGAAAAAGUUUCGUUGGCAAUUCAACAGAACUUCGAUAACACAUUAACAAAAUUCGUACGUGAAUUGAUCAACUUUGUUCUUGAAAAGUCACCUCUCGACAGAGAAUGCAUAUCGUAUCUUUUGUCGCAUUUAAUUACUCAAAAAAUUUUACCUAUAUCACAUCUAAGAAACGGAUUCAUUGAAAUAUUGGAAUUAGUUGAUGAUCUUGUACUCGAUAUACCCAAAGUUUGGUUAUAUCUAGCAGAGAUAUUAUCACAUCCAAUAGAAGAGGAAAUAGUCCCCCUAAUCGAGUUGAAACCUAUAUUUGAUAGUUUAAGAACUCGGGGAUAUGUAGGCAAAUUCCUUGGGGAAUUAUUAUCGAAAAUAUCCCGAGAUAAAGGACAUAAAUGGAUUGCAGAUAAAUGGGACCAAAGUGGACUUAAGUUGAGUAAUGUAAUUGAUACAGAACUUGAAGAAGUUGACAAAAUCAUUAAAGAUUAUAACCUGGAGUUCUGCACUGGUGAUUAUAAUAGUGCCAAAAGCUCAACUAGUAAUCAACCCACAAUGCAGCAAAUUCAUGAUGAACUUAGGAGACUAAUGAAAGAAAGUAGUUUCGAUGAAAUUUGUGGGUGGAUAAUUGUACAUGUAGGUAGUCGGGUCAAAGAACCAACCUUCAUACGUAUCUUAACUACUGCCAUUUUAGAGACGUCCAUGGAACCAGUGAAUAGCAGGUGGUGUUUAAAUAGUGAGGCUUUUAUUAAUUUACAACAAUUAAUUCGCCGAUUCGUCGAUGCAAAUGAAUCUUUAGAAUUGCAGUGUCUUUAUGCAAUCCAGCUUCAUUUACACAAUCUACAAUAUCCACACGGGACUCUGUUCAACAUUAUGACAAAUUUGUCGGAUUAUAACAUAAUUUCAAGCGACGCGUUCCUAACGUGGAAAAAGAGUCCUGAACCAGCCCAGCGUGAAUGGCAUGGAGUCGCGACGAUGGCGCUGACUUCGUUUUUCACUGGUUUACAAGAAGCUGAUGAUGCUUCCAGUGUAGAAGACGUAUCAACUAGCGUCAGCCAAGAACGUUGUUGACGAUACCGUGAUCGAGUACAUUAUCGUCUAUUAAAAAGACUUAAAUAUAUGUUUCCUCGUUAAAAAAAACUACGCGAAGUGAAAUCAAAUUGCAGUUUUUUAAAGGAAAACAUCAUAUGUAUUGAAAGAAUACAAAAAGUGAUGUGCGCGUGUGCAUGUAUUAUAGUAUAGAACUUCAAAGAACAAGAAGUGACAGAUAAUAAAGGUUAUCACAAAAACGGACACAAUAGCUGAGACCGCUAUACAUAAUGAAGAUAAAGAUUAAUUAUUAAUUAUGAUACAGAAGUAAAUACAAGAUAAUUAUUAUAUAUAAUUCAUUGAAAUGGUUUAAAGUUUAAAUAAAGCAAAAAAAAACACUCAAGGACAUUAUCGUAUUUCUUAUGUGUUGCGAUGUCACUGCAGCUUGUCAAUCGCCCAAUAAAUUGAAUAUUACGUACAA